GUGCGACUUCAAAUGUUUAUAAACCGCUGUAACAAGGGUAGAAAAUUACUCUAAAAAAUGUACGGAAGGAAAGCCUUUAAGCUUAUAACAGAAUUAGAUUUAUGUACGGAUGUACAGCCAUUUAAUGAAGUAGUAGUUAAGGAAGUUCUACAGGAGAUGCACUCUCUUUAUGAUGCAAAUAUGCUGGAUAGUAAUGCCAUUCGAAAUGCUGACAAUAUGGCAUUAUUGCCAUCGGUUCAGCUUAGGCACAUAGCAUUGACCAGAAACAAAAGAUGCAUUCUAGCAUAUAUAUAUAACAGAAUGCAAAAACUGAGAGACCUACGUUGGGAAUUAGGAAGCAUUUUACCCCCAGAAAUAAAUUCAAACUUGUUAAAUGCAGAAGUUCAGUGGUUUCAUACAUAUAACAAAUCAUUGGCUACAUAUAUGAGAUCUUUGGGAGAAGAUCAAGGAUUUAAUUUAACUGCAAAUAUGUUGCCUCCAAAGACUCCUUAUGUAGAGGUGAAGUGUGUGAUGGAUUUUGGAAAGUUGGAGCUCGAAGAUGGUCAAGUUAUUUUAUUAAAGAAGAAUACAUAUCAUCUAUUGCCACGAGCUGUAUGUGAACCGCUUAUAAGGCAAGGAAUACUCGAACAUAACAGUGCAUAAUGUGUUCCUGUUAUAUUUUGUUAAAAUAAAAUUUGAAUUUAUUUUUGUUUUUCUUCUCCACAUUGGAGGCAAGAGAAAACUUCUCCGAAACGCCGUAUUUAUCCGCGCGACAUGAAAAUCCGUGACCGUUAUUCGUGAAAAUCGUCGCAUGAUGUUAUAUCGACCUUUACAUUUUAAUUUCACGCUAGAGAAAUGUCCUGACAUAGUCCUACCCGUAAUGGUGUUUAAAAAUUUGUCAACCCGCAUGUGCGUACUUGAUUUCAUUAGGUAUUUCCCAAAGAAACAUAAAUUCCGUGCGCCAGCAGCGUGUAGUCGAUUACAAAUAGU